CAACAGUCAUCCGGAGGAACUGGAACCGAGCCGGAAUCGUCCAACGACACUUCUAACACGGACAAAAGUGGAGCGCGAGGUAGAUCGGACAGCGCCAGCAGCGGCACCUCUUCGCUCAGUUCCGACGAGGAGGGUUCUAAAGCGUCGCUUUCGCUCGAGUUGACGGGUCUUAACACGUUAACGCUCUUCCCCAAUGCCGCUAAUGAGAACGAUGAAAAGAAAGGGGGAGAGGAAGGUGCAAUCGGUUGGUCUGCGGCGCCAACUUUGGUAGAACGUCAACGAGAAAAUCUCACCGAGCGAUUGAAACGCGAAUUCGGACUGUUCCUCAGCGAUGACGAGGAGGAGAGAGCUCGCAAGCAUGGUUUGACAGCCGAGGCGAUACUAAAGGCACGCAAAUCUCCGCCUCAAAACUUGAUAGUCGGCACCCCGCCGGGAUAUCCGGGAGUGCCGCAGUUACCUCCGCAGCCAUAUAUACCGCCACCCGGCUCGGCGUCCAUCCAUUAUCCCCAGUUCCAGAGCAAGCCUGGUACGGUGCAGUAUCCCAACUUCGCGGUACCACCGCCGACCACGUCCCAGCAACCGAUGCUCAGCACCGCCGCGCCGUCGCAAGCGAUCGCGGUUGGCAAGCAGACGCAGCAGACGCCGUUCUUAGUACCCCAGGCAUCCCAAGCGCCACCGGGUUCCAAUCCGUAUCCACCGCAAUUCGUCCCGCCACCGCCGCUGCCGCCGCCUGCGGCCACGGGAACGGCGGUGCCGAUCUCGAAGUUCCCGUCGGCGACGCCGCCACCGCCGCCGCCGCCGCCGCCCCCGCCCCCGGGCACCCAGGUGUCGUACCCUUCGGCGCCGUCGGGACAACCUCAGAAGCCGUUUUUUAACCAUCCGGCGCCGAGGUCGUAA